GUCAUGGACACCGUCAGUUCAAUUAUUUGGGCUGAUGGCAAUAGUAUGAAGCCAAGCAUCCACUCCUUCCUGUAGCAUGGAAGAAGAAGGCUUCGCCGGAAAGUGGAAGCCACUGGCAAACUACUUUUCAAUGCCACGAAUUUGGGCCUUCUCGCCAAGGUACAGCACCAGACUUCUGGUUCCUCCUUGUGGUAAAGCAAGGGAAAGGAUCAUGCGACGGGGGGUGGGGGCUUUGAUGCUUGGUGGUGGCGGACACCCAAUCAUGUAAGCAAGGUCGCUCACGGCCACCUCCUCGGGCACGUCUACCUUGGGCUUGCUACUGUAUCCGGAUAGAAAUCUGUCUGCCGCCCAGCCAAAGCACUCUUGCGAAAAAGCCAGCCCGUGUCCCGUGCAGUCACAGCGCUUGCUGGCUUAUCGUGUCAGACGUUGCUGCGAUAGCUGCUGCGAUGCUGCGGUGCGUGAUGAAUCCAACCAGCAACUUCAGUUCAGAUUGUCCACUUGUCAUCGUCCUCGUCUUUGUCAUUGUAGUGUAGUUGCUCCAACCCGAGCUCGUUUUAGCAUAGCAUAAUCACCUAUCAGUAGUAGCCCGUCCUAGGUGGCGGCAAGGCAAUGGGUGAGCUCUGUUUCGGCAUCCUAUGUUACCCAAACCUGCCAAAACCGGGGCAAGUUAACCAACCAACUUGCAGCAACCUGUUGGGCAAUCAAGUUCCUGAAGUGCGCCGAGUGUAGAUUUACCGCACGGUGAAGAUGGCUUGAAGAUCGAGUACUGGUACCCGUAGGGUGUACACACAGUACAGCCGCAUUUUAUAUUUUUUGGGUAAAGUGUGACUCGAGACUCACUCAUGCCUGUGGCUUGACCGGUCACCAUCACGCACUCACUCUUCUAACUUCUCACGUCCACUUCGAUGCGAGGCAGCGAUCGUGGGUGCAUCCAAGCUGGACUACCAGCACUGGCUAUUACAGUACGUAGCUGCAGCUCUCACAAAAUCGAAACCAAAGCCAAAACAAAUUCAAAACAAAGAGCCAAAAACGAUCAAAUAAAACAAUCAAGUGUCUGCACUAGCCCCAACAAGCAAUACUUCACUUUCUAGGACCAUCCCACAUAUCUCCAAGAAAUUCCAAUCCAUUCAAGACAAAGAUGAUGUUCAUCCGCAAUAUUUCCCUCACAGCCGUGCUCAUGUCUGUCAGCAAUGCCAUUGCUACAAGUCCUGAUGCAAAGGCAGCAACCUCAGUACUGCAACAAACUCGAGACUUGGUGGUUGCACAAAGUUCUAAUGACCAAGCCAAGGCUAAUGCCGAUGAAAAGCUGCUCAUUUCAGUGGACGAGGUGGAUACUAUGGUGGGCGGCAACGACCCCUGCAGAACCAACUAUCAAGUGUCUGCCACAGUGGUGGAAGUCACCAAGGGUGACUACAGACCAGGAGAUUCCGUUGUGUUCAACUCUUAUGACAUUCAUUAUGGACAGAGUGGCUGUGAAGGCUAUGCAGGUCCCUCCAACCCCACACAAGUGACUUCUGGAUGGUGUGGCAAUGCCUGGCUUGACUACAGUAGCAGCAGCAAUGAUCCCAACACACCGUUAGAGCUCGCAGCCUAUGGAGAUUCACUGCAGGCGGAUUUUCCCAGCAAAUGUGCCACAACCAAAGCUCCCACCAUGGCCCCAACCCCUGCUGCCACAGUGCAACCCUAUGAUGAACUUGUCCUGGUGGAGAUUAUUACCACCUUCAAGUAUCUCACUUCUAGCUGUGUCACCACAUAUGGCUUUCAAGGCACUGUGGAAACUGUGGAGCACACAACGGUAGGGUUCCAGAGUGGCGACAGCAUUUAUUUCACCAUGGCUCAUUUGAAUGAUUCCGCCAACUGCGUAUCUACGGACCCUAUUGAAAGUGAAACUGUACCCACAGCUCCUUGGUGCGGAUACGUCAAGCUGAAUGAUGGAAACUCGAUGAAUCCAAAUGGCACAUUCGUUGCCGUUGACCUGGAUGCCACCUCCCAAGACAAGUGCAACCGUCGUCGUCGUGCUGUGGAAGCCCCUGUCGCCACGGAGGAAACACCGGCAACUUCCGAUGAAGUGCUCUUGGUGAGUGUUGUGACAGUCUUUCAGUAUGGAAGCAAGCAUGCGUGCGAAUUGGACUACACCGUGGUUGCUACUGUCAUUUCGGUGGACCACACGACCCUCGGUUAUGCUCCGGGUGAUUCUGUAACUUUUGACAUGCAAGUAUUCAACCAAGAUCCUCCAAGCUACUGUCCCUUUGUGUCAAUCCCCGGUGCUUCUGUCCCAGAGUUUGGUGCCUGCCUCAUGGUGAACUUGAGUGACGGAGAUGCCGCGAGCAAGCACGGUGCUGCACUGGCCUUGGAUGGCAUGGAGGCCAGCAAAUCAUCCGAAUGUCCCCGCCGACGUCAUCUUCGUGUGGCCCAGAACUAGACACUAGACCAUUAUUAUUAACAAGUGAUUAAAGAGCAGACUAGAC